GUUGUCUGCUGUUGUAUACGGUGUUUACUUGUGAACUGACUAAAUUGCUAGUUAAUCCUCAUAGCUGGUCCAGUGCCAAUGAAAACACCGAUGUGGAAAUCAAUGUUAUUGUUCAAUUAACUAAACAUAAUGUAGCAGAAAGCUAGGCCCAGUACAUAGGCCUCCAUUAACAGUGUUUUAGAAAAUGUUUACUUUGAUGGUUUUUCCUUCCCUUGCAAACAUUUGCUUAGCAACAUCUGACAUGGGUUAUGUAACACUUGCUCUGAUGUGUAGGUGUAAAGGAGAUGUAAACAUUUUGUCCUCUCUUCUGUGGUUCAUCAACGUGAUUUUUGGUUCUAUAUUAUUACCAAGAAUACACAUAGUCUCUGUUUUUACAUGUCUUGGAAAAUAAACUGAGAAGGUACCAAGAAAUUAAAAACUCUUUAUGUGAACAGAUAUGAUUGUAAAGGGUUAUGCAUUGCACAAAGAGCUCAUUUGCUCGUGUAAAGACCAACCACUGGUUUUGGAUUGUGUAAAGACCACAAACAAAUCAAAAGCUUUGAUUAAAAACUUAACUGCACAUGCUUCCUGACUGUUUUAUACAGAUCACUAGCUUUCUUACAUUUCCACUUGCUUAAAUACAGCAAAUAGUUUUAUUUCUUAUAUAUCUCAAGUGACUUAGAAAGACUAGGUGUAUUACAGAUACAUCGUGCAGUGCUUUGUGUAGAAAAGCAGGGAGUAAAAGCCUAUUGAGGAAGUAGUUCUCCAUUGCUGGAGUUGAAACAAGUUCUUAAAUACAGUAUUUCCACACACGUUUCUCUAUCUUUUCUUUGCUGGUCUCUGGAGCUAAAAAGAGGUUUAGUAUCAGACUUUUAUAGGUUGCCAAACAUCACAUGCAGGACAGUAGGUGACUCACAUCAGCUGUUGAUUGCCUGCGGGAUGAGGCAGGACUGAGAGUGCUUCCAGGCAUGAUGAGAACAUCGCCUAAACUGUCUCUCUCACAGAAACCUUCUCACCUGUUCCAAAAACUUCCUUCUUGCUGUUUUUGUCAACUGUGGAUUUAUUUAUUUUUAAAAUAUUUUUUCUAAACAUGACUGUAUAUCUAAGAUGUACAUGUUGCUGAAACAGACAGAAGGAAUAGGAGAAAAUUAAAGCUUUUGUUUGCUGUUAGCUGUUAACAGCAUUAUUCUGUGUUGAUUAUGUCUAAGGUGCUUAUUUGUCUGUCUAAGCAGAAAGAUAAUUAGCAGCGUAUGAAUCAGCAGCAAAAUAUUUGCAAUGAAAAUUAAUAUCAGGACAUUGGUAUUAAAAGAGGUUACUUUACUGAGGUGUUGCCAAGACAUGCCUUCCAACAUUACAUCAGUCACGUUUUUGUGGCGCCAAGGUGUGCCCGAAUGGUUCUGUCUGAGAAGGAGGGUUUAGCCUGAGUGGACGCAGCACUGUCCCGGUGCUAACCAGGGGUGGACAUUUUAUUAUUCAGAAAUAAUGCAAACAUGCAAAAAAAGUUAUUGAAAUGGUCCUGCGCGUCUUGUACAAGAGAGGCAGUUUUUUCUGAUACUAUUAAAUAACAAUGGCAUUCAAGAAAGACUGGAAGGUGACCUAUUUUAUUAGCUAGCGGUCUCUCCUGAGGACGUUACAUUGUAUCUUGAUGGAAACUUAUUGCAAAAUAUUUUUUCCUAAUAGAGUAAUAAUUAUUUAUUUACCUUAUUACAGUUGCUGCCUUAAAUAAGUACUAUAAAUAAGAUGGCUGUUACUCAGCCACCAACUUGACGUUUACAUGAAUACUUAGAGCUAAUUAUCCAUAAACUAGACCGAAAAGCAGAUGAAAGCUUCACAUUCUCCACUUCUCUUACACACUAAACCCAGAUAUGUACAAAAGAGUGAUUGUUGUUGUUGUUGUUAUAAAUUCUACUGAUCUUUAAUGGAGAGAUGCUUUAAAUUUGUAGCAAAGGGGUGUUUCCUCUAGUACUAACAUGUAAAAAGCUAUUUGGGAAAGAUGUUUCUGAACAAAUCAUUUCUUGGGAAAGUUAGUUUCCACCAGAUCACUUGCAUGGCAGUCGCCAUCCUGGGCACCCUGAAGAGCUCUAAGCUGUAGGGCUUGGCAAGAGACAAACCUCCCCAAAGAUCUGCAGCUAGAAAGCUAGGAAAUAUUUAUGUUGAAGUAUCCUGAAAUUUUGUUUUUAAGAGGGUUUUCUCUGAAAUCAAGGGACACGUAUUGAAGUGGAUAUUCAAUUAAUGUACGGAAAAGUAUAUUAGUAGUUGUUUCAGAAACAUUCCGUGGAAUUUUAAAUCUUUUUUUUAACUGUAAGGUCUUCUAUGUAGCUCGAUGCAAGUGAUAGCAAUAAACAGUAUAGGAUUUACAUCUGCUAAGAUGUUUCUAAAAGCAGACUAUUAAUAGCUAGGUAAAGGUUAGACUGUGUCAGAAGAGAGGUCUCCUAAGUCCAUUCAAUUAUCACGCCUUAUUUGUUGAUUCUGCUUUGUGUUUCCGCGUGACUUCCCUGACUACACAUCAUCAAGCUGCGUUAAGCCGUUAAGUCUCUCCUCAGCAAAGGUGGUGAGGCAGUCCGCAUCUCUGUCGGUGUGGCUUGUGCUGUUUAGCCUGGGUGCCAUGCAGAAAGUGGCAGGGACGUGCUUGGAGACCAUACACAGCUGCUUUUGUUUUCUGAUUGUGGUUGUUUCAGAAGCACAGGUUACCUUUAAUGGAAGAUAGGCCUGAAUAUUAGAGCCAGGUACAGAACUCAACUUCUUCCCUUGCAUAGGACUGCCUAUCAGACAAUGGUUUCGUCAGGCUUUUGGCAUCCAUUUAAUCUCUGGGAAAAUCGUUUCUUAUGUAGCCACCUCACAGAUGAACACAAUCUUUUCCUAUGCUGCAGUUAUUAAUAUUAAAGCUGCUAGGUCUGAUGCACUAAUACAUUAUUUGCUGUGUACUGUUAAAAUCCCAGUGUGUGGAAGAAUCUCCACCUCCUCUUGACCAUUCAUCCAGAGGAAGCCAAGGGCUUCCCUUGGAAGAACUGCAGGAAAACACUCCCAGCCACCCAUUUAGCAAAACAGGUCUUGUUUCUGCUGGGCUGGGCACCAAGAAGGGGGCUGCAGUGGGUCAGGCUUCAGCUCCUCCUGGUGGAGGUGUGCAGCACCCCCACGGUGUAAGCAGCGUGCAAGGCUGGUGAUGCUGAGUGAGAUGAUUCUGAGACUAAGCUUCAUCUGCAGUGUGCCCUGAAUAACGUGGCCUCUUGUACAAAGGAAACAGUUGCUUUUUUGUGCUUUGAGAAAACUGCUGCUUUAAGAGUGAAUCUAGUGUCCAACAGAAUCAUUAAUGUAUGGAUGAUGGCUGUAUUUUCCAUGACUGAAAAUGUGUUGUGCACAAACAGUAUGGUUGCCAAAUUCAGUUUCAAACUGAAAUGAACAGCUUUAAUGACAGUUCUGCAGAGACCAAUCAUUUGUGUAUUCCUUCUAUCCUUUAUAGAGGCAACACUUAAUGAAGUAUACACACUACUAAUGUCCAUCCUGCAGAGAAAUGAACUGUGAAAAAAUUCAAGCAAACAUGUUCCAACUGUUCAUACAAAGGAUUGCAUAAGUCACGCAUUGUGUUUCCACAAAACUUUCCCCACAAUUUGCUGCUGAUCAGCAUGUACUUCACUUAGUUUCCUCCAAUUAAAAUUUGCAAACAGAAAAGCUUUCCAGUGCUAACGGACUCAUGCUUUCCUGGAGAUUUGGAGCCACGUGUUCCAGGAAUGGCUGGGUACACCCCACCGAUACAAUAUAAAGGCAACGUCAAUCACCUUCUCUCGCUUUUUAAUAGAUCCCUUCCAUGGUUCUCAUUCUCCCUGGAAACUUAAGAUUAAAGGAACUUUGCUAUAUUUCAAGUACAGUCUAACCAAUUAAGAUGGAUCUCCUUCAUAGCAAUGGCGUGCUUAUCAUUCAGCAUUUACAGAGGGACUACAGGGCUUAUCAGGAUUUCCUUAAUUUUAUGUCACAUGUUGGAGAUCCUCGUAAUAUAUUCUCAAUUUAUUUUCCUCUCUGGUUUCAACUCAACCAAGUGGUUGGUACUAAAAUGAUAUGGGUGGCUGUCAUUGGUGAUUGGUUCAACCUCAUAUUUAAAUGGAUUUUAUUUGGUCAUCGUCCUUACUGGUGGGUGCACGAAACAGUGAUUUAUCCCAAUCAGUCAAGCCCAUGUCUUGAACAGUUUCCUAUAACAUGUGAAACUGGACCAGGAAGCCCAUCUGGGCAUGCCAUGGGAUCCUCCUGCGUCUGGUAUGUAAUGGUAACAGCAGCACUUAGCUACACAGUAAGGUGGAAGGAUAAAUCAGCAGUUACCCUUCACAGACUGACGUGGUCAUUGCUCUGGAGUAUUUUUUGGAUUAUCCAGAUCAGUGUGUGCAUCUCAAGAGUAUUCAUAGCAACACAUUUCCCUCAUCAAGUUAUUCUCGGAGUAUUUGCUGGCAUUCUUGUGGCAGAAGCAUUUGAGCAUGCCCCUGCUAUUCAGACAGCAAGCUUGAGAAUGUACAUGAAGACAAGCUUGUUUCUUUUCAUCUUUGCCCUUGGAUUUUAUCUAGUCCUCAAGCUUCUUGAUAUUGACUUGCUAUGGUCUGUUCCAAAGGCCAAGAAGUGGUGUGCCAAUCCAGACUGGAUAAACAUGGACACUACUCCAUUUGCUGGACUGGUGAGGAAUUUAGGUGCACUCUUUGGCUUAGGUCUUGGUAUUAAUUCUGAAAUGUUUAUCACAAGCUGUAAAGGUAAGAAUAGCUGUAAGAUAAGUUUCCGCAUAUUGUGUAUAGGUGCUUCUUUAGCAACACUGCAGCUGUAUAAUGUUGUUAAGAUACCUACUCAUAUUGAGUGUUUGUUCUACAUUCUCUCUUUUUGUAAGAGUGCAGCUAUGCCUCUGACUGUAGUUGCCUUGGUUCCGUACUGUGUCCACUCAUUAAUGAGGACAACUGAAAAGAAACUUAAUUAGAUAAGGUUUUGAAAUGGUUGGCAGUGUAAGGAUGGAUAUGAGCUGUUCAAGAACUCUCUGCAAAGACAGUUCUGCUAACUCGUUUUAAGAUGCCACUGCAUCUUUGAUGUGCUCCUGGUAAGUAGCCAGCGUAUCUAACAUCUGCAUGUUCAGGAGUGACUUCGGCAGCUCAAAAACAUUAAGUAGUUGCUGACUUUAUUCCUAGAAAUAUCGUAAUGAAGGAUACUGCAGUAUGGUUUUCUAACAAUACUCCGAGUCAUGCCUAAGUUUUAAAGUAUAAUUGGAUAGUUUUGUUUAGCUACUUGGUGGUCUUUUCGUUCUGUCCACAAACUAGACGGUGCUUCAGUUGUAUAUAGUGAUAUUCAAUAUUUAAUUUUUUUUAUAGAGAUAUUGUGUGCUAAACUACUAGCUAAGGGUGUGACAGUAUUACACUACCUACAGCUGUACAGCUGGCCCUAUGCACUGUGAAAAGGCCAACAUAAUUGUAAGAAAAGCUUUCUAUAGGUUUAACUUAUUGAGCUUCCUCAGCAAAACAGCUUCUGAUUAGGCCAGAUGAGGAAAAACAUUUAAAUUUGUCUCAGUUAGACUCUGUAGAAUAUAUCAUUGCAUUACUGUGAUUUUGUCAUUUUUACUUUUUAAAAAUGUCAUAUAAAUCAUGAAUGCUAAUGAUUACACCUUUGAUGUUGAAAAUGCAUGCGUAUGAUGUAGAAAAUACUUGAGUCCUCUACUACACAGAGCAACAAAUAAAGAAAGUUAUCAAUCACGAAAUUAUCUUGGCAUAUUCCCUCAAGAUUGUUGUUCAUGCUUCUGUACUGCAAAGGUAAAUUAGUCUAAUUCUCUCGGUUCAAGAGUCACAAGCCUGAAUCAGUUAGUGGUUGUGUAAAUCCAGAAAAUGAAAUUGCAGAGUAAAUCAUUGCAAGUUUAUAUUCUUGUAUGCUUAGUUUAUUUAAGCACAGAAGUAACUAAUAUUUUAAAUAUGUUUGUUAUAUAAAACCAAUGCUCUAAAUAUAUACAUGGU